AUGCCACCAAUUGCAAUCGAUCCCGAGCAAAGCAAUAGCUCACCACCCCCAACCCAGAACCCUUCCGCCACCACAGACGCUCCAGUAUUGCCUUCAUCGCCGACCACACCUCUUUCAACACGCCCCGCUGAUGACCACCACUGGCGGAUUACGCUCGAGGGCAAGGUCAUUGCCAUUACCGGCGCCAAUAGGGGCAUCGGCCUCGGGAUCGCAGAGGUCUGCCUCGCCAACGACGCCGCGAUCAUCUACAGCCUGGACCUGUAUGCCCCAGGCCCAGAGUUCGCCGCCCUCCAGAAACGACUAGGUACUGCUCGUCUGCAAUACAUCCAGUGCGAUGUCACCUCAGAAGAGUCCGUCACCGCCGCCAUCGACACGAUAAUCGAAAGGUCAGGCGCGAUCCACGGCAUGGUCGCCAACGCCGGAAUGACAAAGCACCAGCCCGCUCUCAACUUCUCCCGCGCCCAGCUCGACGACCUCUUCAACCUGAACGUCUAUGGCGCCUACUUCUGCGCCACAGCCGCCGCGCGUGCCUUCCAACGGCUGGGCGUCAAGGGCUCAAUCGUCUUUACCGCCUCCAUGACAAGCUACCGGCCGAACCGAGCCGCGCCGUCCGCGCCGUACGGAGGCACCAAGGCUGCGGUGCGGAACAUGGCGCAUACUUUGGCCAUGGAGUGGGCGCAUAGUGGGAUCAGGGUCAAUUCGGUGAGUCCGGGGUUUGUGAAGACGGCUAUGACCUACUAUGUUGAGAAGAGCCCGGAUUGGGCUGAUAAGAUGCGGUACUAUGGUGGCAUGCCGCGGUUAGCGGAGCCGAGGGAGCUGGGUGGUGCGUAUGUGUAUUUGUUGUCGGAGGGUGCGAGUUAUACGACUGGGAUUGACUUGCCGAUUGCUGGGAUUGUUGGCGCGUGGUAG